CGAUGUAACUAAUCAUUUAAAAGAAGAAAAAAUUAUGGUGGGGCCAGGACGAGGUAGUGCCGUUGCUUCCUUAGUAACUUACUUGUUGGGAAUAACCAGUGUUGAUCCACUUGAACAUAAAUUGUUUUUUGAAAGAUUUCUCAACGAGAAAAGAAAAAACUUGCCAGAUAUUGAUUUAGAUGUUGAAAAUCAAGAAGAGGUAUUCAAUUAUUUACAAAAAAAAUACCCAAAAAAACAAGUAUCGCGCAUUGUCACCAAAAAAAAAAUUGCCGGAGAAAAUCCUGAUUUUAAUAACUUAAAACUGCAACGCUGGCAAAAUAGCUAUCCCAAUUUGUUUGAAUUAACUGGAAAAAUUCGAGAUUUAUACUACGAUACUGGCAUUCAUCCAGCUGGAGUUAUCAUCAGUGAAAAUUCACUUGCUGGCUCGGUUCCUUUGAAAUUAGAAAAAGAUUAUCUAUUAGCACUAUUUGAGGAAGAUAAACUAGCCAAAUUAGGCCUUAAAAAAUAUGAUUUUUUGAGUUUGCGAGAAACCCUAGGUUUUAUUCGCGAAUUAUUAAAUAAUUUCCUUUUGACUGGAAUUUUUCAAUUGGAUACUCCCUCCGCACGAGUCCUUUUUAAUAGAUUUCGCCCACAAAAUUUUUCGGAACUAGUGAUUUUUUUGGCUCUUAAUCGCCCCGGAACUAAAAAAAAAGUUGAAGAAAUUUCCCAAAAAGAAAAUGCUAAAGCCAACAUUUCCUUCUCCUCUCCAGCACUCAAAGAAAUAUUAACUGAAACUUAUGGUCAUAUUAUCUUUGAAGAGCAAAUCAGCCAAAUUUUUGCUCUGGUUUAUGAUUUCUCCUUUGCUGAAGCCGAAGUCAAAAGGAGAGAACUAACUAAAAAAGGAUUAGAAAAAGACUUUUUUGAAAAAGUCAAAAAAAUAACUACCUUAACUGAAAGCAAUUUAAUUUACCAACAAAUCAACUCAGCUAUUGGUUAUACCUUCAACAAGGCUCACGCGGUCGCUUACAGUUAUUUAACUUACUAUAUCGCUUACUUGAAAGCAAAUUUUUUCCCCGAACUAGUUACCUAUUUUCUCAACAAAAAAAAAGACAAAGAAUUACCGCAUCUGCAAGAAGCAUUUUUUUACGGAUUUCAAAUAAAAGGUCCGGACAUUAACUAUUCGGAAACAGAAUGA